AUGGCAACCAUGCAAUCUUCCAACAACCUAGUACUCCUCUCAGCCGCCUUUUUCCUCGUACUGCUAGCAGCCAUGUGUCCAACCAAAACGACUUGUCGCCAGCUGGACGACGACCAAAUCAUCAUGCGGCUGAAGCACGAGGACUGGAUGGUCAAACACUCUAGGUCCUACAAAGACGAGGCAGAGAAGGAGAGAAGGCUACUUAUCUUCAACGACAACGCCAGACUCGUCGAGGGUUUUAAUAACAACAACGGUAAGAACGCCGGGUUCAAGCUUGGGCUCAACAAGUUUGCCGACCUUACCAACGAAGAGUUCCGGUCCACGUACUUGGGCUACAAACGCCGCCACUCUUCUUCCCUGAAACAAUCCACCGCCGCCACCUUCCGGUAUGCUAACGUGUCAGCCGUUCCUGCCACCAUGGACUGGAGGAAGUCCGGCGUCGUCACACCUGUCAAAGACCAAGCCAAAUGUGGGGCAUGUUGGGCGUUUUCGGCGGUGGCAGCGAUGGAAGGAAUCACAAAGCUGAAAACGGGGAAGCUGAUCUCCCUGUCGGAGCAAGAGCUCAUAGACUGCGACGUGGAGGGCGAGGAUGGAGGUUGUGAAGGCGGGCUGAUGGACAACGCUUUUACCUUCAUUCGGGCCAAAGGCGGCCUGACGACGGAAGCCCAAUACCCUUACCAAGCCCAGGACGGCACAUGCAACAAGAAGCGGUCCUCGUCUCCUGCGGCCAAGAUAAAGGGCUACGAGGACGUCCCGGCGAACAGCGAGCGAGCUCUGAUGCAAGCCGUGGCUCAUCAGCCGGUGUCUGUGGCCAUAGAAGGCGGCGGGUUUAUGUUCCAGCUGUACGGGAGCGGGGUUUUCGAGGGAUCUUGCGGAACGGAGCUUGACCAUGCAGUCACUGCGGUUGGCUACGGGACAAAUAGUGACGGGAGUAAGUAUUGGAUUCUGAAGAACUCGUGGGGGAAGGGAUGGGGAGAGGAUGGGUAUAUGAGGAUCAAGAAAGAUGUUUCUGAGAGUGAAGGGUUGUGUGGUCUGGCCAUGGAAGCUUCUUAUCCUACAGCGUGA